AUGGGUCACGGGAUGUCCGUCUGCUGCGCAGCUCACGUCGACGCUGGUGCGGGGGCUGGUGUUGUUGAGGAACCCGAAUGCGAGUGUGGAUGCAUUGUGGCAGACGACGUCGUUUAUUAUGCUGUUCCUGGUGGCCGCGGCUGCAUCAACAUCUUCUGCGCAAGACAACUUCCGGUAACGGAAGGGAUAUCAGUGGUUGUUCAUGUUGUCGGCUUUUUUGUCUUCAUGACCGUCUUGUGGGUGACUAGCGAUCAUGCACCAGCCCAACAGGUUUUCACGCAGUUUCAAGAUAAUGGCGGCUGGGGUAACACUGGACUGUCGGCUCUCGUUGGCACUCCGACACCUUUGUGGUGCUUCCUCGGCCCGGAUGCCGGCGCUCAUAUGAGCGAAGAGCUAAAGGACGCUUCGCGUGUUCUGCCUUCCGCGAUGAUGUGGGGUUCCUUCUUCAACGCUUCAUUGGUCUUGCUGAUGCUCAUCACGCUAUGCUUCUGUCUGGGUCCGGACUGGCAGGAUAAUGUGCUGGGACUUACGAAUCCGACGCAGACUGGCAUUCCCAUCAUUCAGGUUUUGUACAAUUCGACGGAUUCGAUGAUAGCUGCGACGACUUUCAUGACGACGGUUCUGAUUCUGUUGUCGAUGGUUGGGACGAUUACUUGCAUUGCAUCUUCGAGUCGCCAGCUUUGGGCAUUCGCGAGAGACAAGGGCUUCCCGUUCUCAGGCUACAUCGAAUACGUGAGUUGGGAUAUACCGGUCAACUCCCUCAUUGUAGUCCUGGUCGUGUCACUCCUCAUCUCAGCCCUCAACUUCGGCUCCGACGUCGCUUUGAAUGCCAUCAUCAGCCUCUCAGACGCAGCCCUCCUCUUCUCUUAUAUCAUUUCCAUUGGGGCUAUUCGGUUGAAACGUGUACGUAACGAAGAGCUCCUACCUCGCCGUUGGUCAUUGGGUAAAUGGGGUUCUGUGGUCAAUGAUGUAGCGUUAGCAUUCUUGGUUUUGAGCUUUGUAUUUUCUUUCUUUCCGGAGACACCGAUGCCAGGCGCGGCUGGGAUGAAUUGGGCCGUUGUGAUCUUCGCGUUUGUGAUCGUGGCGGCGGGGACAAACGAAGGGUGA